UAUGCAAGAAAAUUUUGUCAACGGAAAACGGUAGUACAACGCGAACGGCUGCGUGCCUGCGUAUUACCUCUAGGGCCAGUGCACGCGCAUGAGCGAACCCGCGCCGACGGCGACGGCCACCGCCACCGCCCUGCGCGAGUGGAACCGCCUGAUCCAGCACGCCGCCGCGUCGGGUUCCUACCUCCGCUGCCUCCGCCACUACGCCUCCCUCCUCGCUGCGGGCCUCCGCGGCGGCGCCUCCACCUUCCCGUCCCUCGCCAAGUCCUGCGCCGCGCUCCGCCUCCCGCGCCUCGGCGCCGCCGUCCACGCCCACGCGAUCCUCGCCGGCGCCACCUCCGGCGUGUUCGUCCGGACCUCCCUGCUCGACAUGUACGCCAAGUGCGCCUGCCUCCCCGACGCGCGCCGCCUGUUCGACGAAAUGCCGCGCCCGACCCUGGUGUCUUGGAACUGCAUGGUCUCUGCGUACGGUAGGAGCUGCCUGGUGGAGGAGUCUGUUGCGGUGUUCAACGCGAUGCGGCGUGCAGGGGUCAGCUCCAGCGAGGGCACACUUGUCGGCGUGCUCUCGGGUUGUGUGGACUCCUCUUUGGCAAUCAAUCCUGGCAUGUGUGUCUACGGCUACAGCGUGAAAUCUGGCCUUGAUGCGGACCUGCAAGUCUUGAACUCGGUUCUUACCAUGCUUGUCCGUGGUUGCUAUCUUGAUUCUGCGCGGUGGUUGUUUGAUAGAAUGGGCAACAAGUCUGUAGUUACUUGGACUGCAUUGGCAUCUGGUUAUUUACAUAUAGGGGAUUAUCUGGAGGCGUUUGAUCUGUUCAGCCACAUGCGAGCUGCUGGGCAAACUGUUGAUUCUGUUGUUCUCGUGAACCUCAUAUCAGCUGCUGUUCUAUUUGGGAACUUGUCGGUGGCCAAGGGUGUGCAUGCUCUUGUUAGUAAGCUUGGCUUUGAAUCUGAGCAAGACCUUGCGGCGUCAUUGAUAAACUUGUAUGCAAAGUGUGGAGAUCUUGAAUCUGCUCAUGAAGUCUUUGGUGCAGUUCAAGUGGCGAAUGUGGUUGUGUGGACGUCAAUGAUAAGUGGGUAUGUUGAAGGUGGUCAUCUUAAUGAGGCGUUGAUGAUGUUUGAUAGCAUGGUCUGCGCAAACAUAGAACCAAAUGAAGCAACUCUGUCAUCAGUUAUUUCAGCUUGUGCCAAACUCGGGUGUGCUAAUCAGGGGAAAAAGGUUGAGGAGCAGGCGAUAGCCAUUGGACUGCAUUCAGAUCCGCGAGUAGCUACUGCACUAAUUGACAUGUACUGCAAGUUUGGUAGCAUCAAGCUGGCUAGGAAUAUUUUUGACAGUGUUAGCAAUAGAGACUUAGCUGUUUGGAGUGCAAUCAUUAAUGGAUAUGCGUGCAAUGGAGAAGGAAGCGAGGCUCUUGUCCUUUUCAAGGAGAUGAUAAACAAAGGUUUUCAACCAGAUGCGAUUGUGUUUACUCAUGUUCUUACAGCAUGCAACUAUUCUGGUUUAGUAGAUGAAGGUCUUGAGUGUUUUCACAGCAUGACAGUGGAAUAUGGUAUUGAACCAUCUAUUGAACAUUAUAUGUGCAUGGUUGAUUUGCUCUGUAAAGCUGGUCAUUUUAGGAGCGCCCUAAAGUUUUUUAAGCAGAUGCCAAGUCAAGUGCAAAAUAAGGUUUUGGCUCCUAUAAUCAGUUCAUACAGUGCUCAUUCUGCUGAUUCAUCCAUAGAGUUGGCACCAGAGGAACUUCUGAAUCUUGACUCUCAAGAUUCUGGUCACUGUGUUCUAAUGUCUAAUAUGCUCAGUUGUUUAGGGGAAUGGAAGAAGGCCACAAGUUAUAGGAGGCAACUAAGCAAGGAAGGAUUAAUCAAGGAGCCUGGAUGGACUUGUAUUGAGCUGAGUGGCUAAUUAUACUUGAUGUUUUAGAGCACCUGAUUCACAUACUUCUCCAAUCUGAAGAGUAGUCACGUCUCUGGAAAAAAGGAUGGCUCAUAUCUCAGGAGUUGUUUAAUGGUUAGCAGAUGGCAUUCUCAGGUGAGGCUUACUUAAGGUCGAAGAAUUAGUUCAUCGUGAAGGCUCAAGUUCUACGUGUGACUAGGAUUAUACACUUGCAGCCAAUGUGGUUUGAGGCUAUGGUUGGGCACAAUAAAAUGUGACAUCCAUUCCAGAUACAUUUGUUGGUUUUGAGGCUUAACAAGUAAUUAUCGGCGCCUGACCAUCCUCUGGUUAAUGGAGGAGGGUGUGCCCUUCAGGAAAGAAUGGCUUUUUAUUGGGAUUCAAGCAUGCCAGGAGGUUCAUGGUCCUCGUCUGGGCUAAUGGCUAUGAUCUAAUAAAACAUACUCCUUCAAUGGAACAAAAAGAGAUGAGAGACAUUUUAAGAUGGCAUCACUGAAUCUACCAAGAGUUGGAACUAUGGCCCUGUACUCUCCUCCAUCCACUAUCCCAUUCAAUCUCUUCAGGCAUGACCACUUGCUUACUGCCAUUCCACAGCAACAGCAUACUUCUCUCCAGCUGGCUGCCCUUGCUAAAAGUUGGUGAUAAGGAGAAGAUAUAUAAAGAUCCCUUAGAGCAAGUUCAAAUAGUAUAACCAACUACUAGGUUCAAUUCAUCUAUAGUCAAUCUAAUA